ACAUGAAUUGAAAGAGGAACGGUGCAACUUCGGAAGGCUUGCAGUGUUGCAGUAACACUUUUUUCAUGUUUUCUUCUGUGAUUCGCAGAAGAAUUCGUGCAUCUCCUCACACACUCGCCUUCGCCUUCAUCUCCUGCACAAGAUCACUGACCAACACAUCAUCGUCGUCGUCGUCGUUAUCAUCAUGUGCGCAGUCCACGGUAAAACAAGUGUGCUCACUGGUAUACGAUUAUUUCGAAGACCACCACACCCACAGGAGAUUCUCCCCUCUGUACCUCGACGUCGAUCCCAAUUCCCUAACCCACGACCAAGUUGUCACCAUCGUCGCUUCGCUCGCCUCCGAUGGCGGUUCGGUGGUGGCCCACCGUUUCUUCAACUGGGUCAUUACUUCCAACAAGUUCCGCCAUUUCACGCGCCUCUACAUUGCGUGCGCAACGUCUCUCAUUGGAAACAGAAAUUUCGAGUUGGCCAGUGACGUGUUGCAAUGUAUGGUGAAGAGUUUCGCCGAAAUCGGGAGGGUCAAAGGGGCCGUGGAAAUGGUCAUCGAAAUGCACAACCAGGGAUUGGUUCCCAGUACGAAAAUGCUGAACUGGGUAAUUAUGAUUGUGAUAGAAAUGGGUUUGGUUGAGUAUGCAGAGAACGUGUUUGAUGAAAUGUGCGCGAGAGGGGUCCAGCCGAAUUGUGUUAGUUACAAGGCCAUGGUUGUCGGUUAUUGUAGAAUGGGUAAUGUUUUGGAGGCGGAUAGGUGGUUGAGAGCCAUGAUUGAGAGAGGGUUUGUAGUUGACAGUAGGACGUUUACGUUGGUAGUGAGGGAGUUCUGUGAUAAGGGUUUUGUGACCAGGGCAUUGUGGUAUUUUCGUAGUUUGAGUGAGAUGGGUUUGAGGCCUAAUUUGAUUAAUUUCACAUGUAUGAUUGACGGGUUGUGCAAGAGGGGUAGCGUGAAACAGGCGUUUGAGAUGUUGGAGGAGAUGGUUGGGCAGGGUUGGAAGCCGAAUGUGUACACGCACACGGCUUUGAUUAAUGGCCUGUGCAAGAAAGGUUGGACUGAGAAGGCGUUUAGACUGUUUCUCAAGCUUGUUCGAAGCGAGAAUCACAAGCCGAAUGUGCUUACUUAUACUGCCAUGAUUAGUGGGUAUUGCAGGGAUGGGAAAAUUAAUCGGGCUGAGAUGCUGCUGAGACGGAUGAAGGAGCAGGGAUUGGCGCCGAACACAAACACAUACACGACUCUUGUUGAUGGGCACUGCAAAGCGGGGAAUUUUGAAAGGGCGUAUGAGUUGAUGAAUGUGAUGAAUGAGGAAGGUUUUAGUUCCAAUGUGUGUACGUACAAUGCCGUUAUUGAUGGACUUUGUAAAAAGGGAAGGGUGCAAGACGCUUACAAUGUGCUUAAGAGUGGGUUUCGUAAUGGGUUGGAAGCUGAUAAAUUUACUUAUACUAUUCUCAUGUCUGAACAUUGCAAACAGGGGGAAAUUAAGCAAGCGUUAGUGUUGUUCAAUAAGAUGCUCAAGAGCGGUAUUCAACCUGACAUUCAUUCAUACACUACGUUGAUUGCAGUAUUUUGUAGGGAAAAAAGAAUGAAAGAAAGUGAGAUGUUUUUUGAAGAAGUUUUGAGAUUUGGACUUGUUCCUACAAACCAAACCUAUACGUCAAUGAUAUGUGGUUACUCUAAAGUAGGCGAUUUGAGUUUGGCUUUUAAGUUUUUCCACAGGAUGAGUAACCAUGGUUGUGCUCCGGAUUCUAUUACUUAUGGUGCCCUUAUAAGUGGGCUGUACAAACAGUCAAAGUUGGAUGAGGCUCGUGGAUUGUAUGAUGCCAUGAUAGAGAAGGGACUUACUCCAUGUGAAGUUACUCGAGUAACUUUGGCUCAUGAAUAUUGCAAAAUAGAGGACAGUUGCUCUGCUAUGCUUGUUCUUGAAAGGCUAGAAAAGAAACCCUGGAUCCGGACAGUUAACACUCUGGUCAGGAAGCUAUGUAGUGAGAAAAAAGUGGGAAUGGCAGCCCUGUUCUUUCACAAGUUACUAGACAUGGAUCCUCAUGCCAAUCGUGUAACAUUAGCAGCAUUUAUGACUGCAUGCUAUGAAAGCAGUAAUUAUGCUCUUGUUUCUGAUUUGUCUUCGAGAUUAUACAAGGAAAACCAUUUAGCAAUCAAAGUGACUAAAUAACACAUUUAGGACGUGCUUUGACGCUUUGUAAGCCUGCUUACAUCUGGACCAAUAACUAGUUGGGUUUUGAUGAAGUAUUUGGGAAGUAUACUUGUUGGAGAAGUGAGAUUUGUGCCAUCUAGGUGCUGACUUCUGCAUUGGGUUACCGUGUUUUAUGAACAUAUGGAGUCAUGAAGGGCAUCGAUUAUGUGAUUCGGCAGAAGUGGAGCAAGAAUAACAGAUACUCUAGCAAAAUAACGUUAGUACAUGUUUUUCUUUUGGCUGGUCAACUGUGCAUCCGUUCUUUAUUUUAGGGAAAUGGAUAUCUCAAUUGGAUUAUCGGGAAAUGGCUAUCUCUUUCACAGCUUGCUUGCAUGGCACCAAACACUUCUCACUUUCUAUCUAUGUAAGAUCAUAUUUCGGUCAACUUCACUGGAGGUUUUCCAAUUCAGAGACAAUUCUCUGCUAAAAUUGAUUAAAUGAUAGAAAAAAAUUCUACUGUAGCAUAUACAGCAGCUAAAAGAUGGAGAGUUAUCAUGCCAUGAUUGUUCUGAUAAUCUUUGCCAGCUAAAUUGAAAGGUAAUCUGAUACUACACCACAAUUGACGAUAGCUCAUUAGAACUUGCAUGCUGGUGUUAUGCCAUUGUUGUCAAGAGUCUCAAGACAACACAGUAUUUGCUGCUGACAGGUGUUUAACAUGCAAAGAUGUUAAACAAAGUGCUAUCUGAUUUGUUCAGGUAAAGGAUGAUGUUGCUGAUCUCCCGUGACGUCAAAUGUGAAGAGUAAGCAUAUGGUUGUACUCUAUCAUAUCUAUUUCCAUGCACCCUCGUUCCAUGUAUUUUUCUCUCUAUUAUUUGCAGCAUUGCCUUUACAGUGUUUACAACCUUCAUUCAGGAUUGUUGUUCUUUUAUUUUAUUUUUUUUUACUUUUCUGCUUUUGUUUGUGCUAGCAUACAAAACAUUGUAUCUUUAUGUUUUGAUGAAUUAAAUUUUAUUCAACAAAGAAGAGGAAAAAAAA